GGCGGGCGGGAAGGGCUGAGGCGAGGCGGUGCCUCGGGCCGGGCGCGACGCUCGCAGGGGCGCAGAGCGCGGCUGCCGCCUCCCGCCGCGGGCAUGAGCGCCUCGGCGGCCACCGGCGUCUUCGUGCUGUCCCUCACCGCCAUCCCCGUCACGUACCUCUUCAACUGCCUGGCGGCCACCGGCAGUUCCUGGAUAAUUGUUCCAGUUGGAUUGCUGGUUCUGAUUUUUAUUGCUCUGUUGGCUCGUGUUCUUGUCAAAAGAAAACCACCCAAAGACCCUCUGUUUUAUGUUUAUGCUGUAUUUGCCUUUACCAGUGUAGUGAAUCUAAUAAUUGGACUUGAACAGGAUGGAAUUAUUGAUGGAUUCAUGACUCAUUACUUGAGAGAGGGUGAACCAUAUCUGAACACUGCAUAUGGCCACGUGAUCUGCUAUUGGGAUGGCUCCGUUCAUUAUCUGAUGUAUCUGUUGAUGGUGGCAGCUAUUGCAUGGGAACAAAGCUAUAGAACCAUUGGCCUCUACUGGCUAGGUUCCAUUAUCAUGAGCAUCAUUGUCUUUAUGCCUGGAAACAUUGUUGGCAAAUACGGAACAAAAGUGUUUCCUGCUUUUUUCUUAAGUAUACCAUACAUUUGCCUUCCCAUAUGGGCUGGGUUCCGAAUUUAUAACCAACCUUCUGUGACUCACGACACUCCAGUCAAGGUGGUUCAGGAAGUCCAGAAGAAAGGACUCUUAAGACGACCAAUAGAUUUAAUGUUAGCUGCGUAUCUCAUUCUAGCAACGGGGUUUUGCAUAUUUAGGGGCAUGAUUGCUCUGGAUUGCCCUGCUGAACUCUGCCGGCUGUAUAUUCAACUUCAUGAGCCCUAUAUAAAAGAUCCUGCUGCCUAUCCUAAGCUUCAGAUGCUGGCUUACAUGUUCUACUCUGUGCCAUACCAUGUGAUCGCUCUGUAUGGCCUACUGGUGCCUGGCUGUUCCUGGAUGCCCGAUUUAACCCUUAUACAUGCUGGAGGACUAGCUCAGGUGUGGCAGAUCAGCUCUCCCAAAUCAGUGGAGGUGAUCAGAAUCACCUGAAAACAAAUUGCCUUUUCUGCUUUGAUGUAUGGCCUCAGCCUAACCUUUUGCUGGAAGAGUGUGUAUUAAAACACCUGAACUAUAUUUAUUUCACUUUCUACUUUGCUAACUGUAAGCAAAACUGUUUUCUUUGUGAGUCUCCAUCACACAUCUCCAUGUCUAACUAACUAAAUAAUAAUGAACCAAAAUGGACACACAAUAGUUAAUGUGAAUGAGCUGUGGCUUGAAAUAGCAGGUAACAGAUGGAGACAAAAGACAGUGACUAUCCUGACACUUCUAUCUUUAAAUGUUUGUUUAUGCUAAAAAUACUCUUCACAGCAAGGUUGUCUUUGCAUACAAACUUCACUGUAAACUUAACCUAUACUUCAGAACCACUCCCAGCCCAAAGCCAAAUACUGCAGACAUGUUUGCAGUCAUCAGUUCUGGGAUCAGAACUUUGGAAGACUGGGUUUAAGGUUGAAAAAGCCCUAACAAACCAAACCCAGAACUAACAUAGCUUCCAAGAGUUUACAUUCUAACUUCACUCAGAGCGUCUGCCUGCUUCCCGUUGAUGCCAAAGAUGACAUUCCCCUGUAGGUGGGUGCAAGUCCUACCCCCAUCACUGGGCUGAGGCCCAAGAGUACAUACCUCUGCAGCCUUUUGCCUGGGUAAGGAUCCUGGACCCUGUUGCAUGAAUAUCACCCGUAAGCCAAGGGUGAAAUCCUGACUUAGAGAUCAGUGCCACCACGUGCAUAAAAUAAACCUCCUACCGUGCCACUGAUGGUUCCACUUACGCCUCUUAUACCAAGGUAUUAACUAUCUUAGUUUAGGCUGUAUUUUUAUACCACUGUGCAAAAGUAUGAUAGAUAAUUCUGGAAUAAAAGGGCUGGCUUGGAAAAUGUCACUGGAGAUGCAUACUUGCAUGCAGAUUUUGCCGUCUUUCCAAAAUACGCAUCAAUUUUACCCUUCUUUAACAUCUACAUUAUAUAUACACCACAGGCUCAAUUUUCCCAUAUUGGUGCUUCUCUUCAUGCUCGAACUCCUUACAUCUACAGAGUCCCUGAAGAAGCAAAACAGUUUUUCCUGAUACUGAACAUAAUGUAUGGGAUUCUCCCCCAGCUGUUGGCUUACAGAUGUGUCAACAAGCCAGAGUUUUUUAUGAAACCAAAACAAGAAGGAAAAACAGAAUAACACAACUGUUUUCA